CGGAGUGAGUCAUCUCUCCACUAGACGAUCUGUGCAGCUAGCAGCAGUGCUAAGCUAACCAGCGGUCGGUGGAGUCGCUGGUGCCGGGGCAGAGUCGUUCCUCCUCCGGUAUGAUGCCAGGUGACAGCGACAUGAGCUCCAUCGUCCAGAGAAUCGCCCGCCAGGCCCUCGUCACGUUCCGCAGCCCGCCCCAGGUCGGAGGGCCCGACGCCGGGAAGAGUUUCCUGGAGAACCUCGGGAAGCUCCAGACCCUGAUGACGGAAGUGCGAGCCGGGGACCUACAGCUCGCCCCGCGGAGAGCCGAGGACAGUCCGCCCGGUGUGGCCCCGGUGCUGCCCUACCCCCACGGAGCUCCGCCGGUCACAUACAUGCACAUUUGCGAGACGGACCACUUCAGCAUGGGGGUGUUUCUGCUGAAGAGCGGAGCCUCCAUCCCGCUGCACGACCACCCGGAGAUGCACGGGGUCCUGAAGGUCCUGUACGGGAAGGUCCGGAUCCGCUGCUUCGACCGGCUGGAGCCGAACCCGGCCCCGGCCCAGGUGGGCUCCCUGCGGCGCUCCGUGCUCCGCUCCACCGGGGAGUUCACGGAGGAGUGCGGGCCCUGCGUCCUCUCCCCCGACCGGGACAACCUCCACCAGAUCGACGCGGUGGACGGACCCACGGCGUUCAUGGACAUCCUGGCCCCGCCGUACGACCCGGACGACGGCCGGGACUGCCACUACUACCGGGUCCUGGAGGCGGAUCCCGCGGGGCCGAAGGAGAAGGAGCUCUGGCUCAUGGAGAUCUCACAGCCGCCGGAUUUCUGGUGCGGAGGAGAACCGUACCCGGGCCCGGAGGUCUCCCUCUGAUCCGGCCGAAUAACGUCCUCUUCUCUCGGCCUGGUCUGGUUCAGUGACCUCGGACAAACUGGGGCUAAUCCAUGUGUGUGGAGCAUGUGGAGCCGUGCCGGGCCGUGCCAGGCCAGACUGAGGGUCAACACCACAUGAAUGUAUCGGUGCAGGUGGAGGAAACAGCUUGGGACCUGGGGGGGUCGGUGCUGCAAAGAUAGAAUUGAAUUAAAUUUAUAAUCACAUUUGAGAGUUUCCUCCAUCAGCUUCUGAUGCUCCUCUAACCUCCUCCAUCAGAAAGGGAAUCAAACCAUUUUCAUUAGGUUUUUCUCUUUCAUGAAUAAUUCAGUUAGAAAACAGUUCCGCCUCUGAGUUGAGGAGCAGCUAAAACUCAGUUUAACUAACACACACACACCUCUGUCCUGGAUCCGGUUUGAUUCCAUGAAACUGAAGAGAUGUUUCAUCUUUAGGUUAAAGGGUUCAAAAACAGAAAAGCCCCCAAAAUUGGACUUUGAGCAGACGACUAUGUACAAACAAAAUAAUCAUAAAAAAGACCCUUGAGAGUAUUAUUGAUGCCAAGAACUGAAAGAUUGAUGAUGUGCAGGGGCCUGGUGCUGCGUUCAAGAAGAGUCGGAGGUCAGAGGUCGCUGCUUCAAGUUUGUAUUCCAACCAAAUUCAGAGGAAACUCAAUGAAAGAGUUGCUGUAAAAUCUAGGGACGUCCUCCAUGAAAGAACACUGAAUUAUAUGGUUAAUUAUCAAUUUUUCUGGGAUUUCCAGACGUGUGACUGCACCUGAACGCAGCAUUAACCUGCUCUGACCUGAAAUGUCCCUGCUGCUGGUGGACAUUGCCCUGGACCACUGAGGUUAAGGCGUCCAUGUGUUUUAAUCGUCUUCCUGCUUAUGGUUUUGUCCUGUUUGUCAGAUUGAAAAAAAAACGUGUGAAUCUUCAGGUUUAUUCUUUAGUUAUGACAGAAAAUCAUCUGAAGCUGCAGGUUUUCUUGUGAUUAGGCCUCGAGAGUUUGCUCCUCAGGACUGUUUGUGAUUCGCUGACUGAUUGUUUGUAAAGAUGUGCACUAAGUUCCCACGUUUGAAAAGAGACGUUUUCACUGUUCGCUUGAGCUCCAGCGUCAGAGAAGUCCGAAUAAGAAGCUGUUCAUGUCACAGCUUGAGGUUUUGGAUUUAAUCAGACAUUCGAGGAGAUUGUGAAGCUGUUUUCAGAUGUGAAAUAUCUGGAGAAUAUUGUCUGUUGGUCCUUCUCACCAAAGCUCUGGAAUCCAAGUCGACGUCUUCAUCUUCUGCGUGCACGGCUCCUCCUCUUCUUCAUCCUGAGAUAUUUGUAUUCUUCCAGUUUCACGUCCGUGGAUUUUCAAGACAUUCGAGGCUGCAGGAAAAGUUCCAGAAAAGGGCCAGAGACACUGACUCAGACAUUUGUUCUCACACACAGAACCUCCAGAACAUUUCAGGAACUUGUCUAGACUUCAGGUCUGAAUACAGCUUGAGGGUGUGAUUUAUUAUAAUUGAAACAAACUGCUGAACAAAUCUGCUACUAAAAAUUCAGCACUUAAAAGUGAAAUAAUAUGAAGGUGCAGUGAAACGUGACAGAAGCACUUAGAGCCACGUGAAGAGUUCAGCUCCUGAAAUGUAGGAGAACGAGACUUUGAAAUGAGAAAUGAUUAAUCUUAUAUUCUACUCUAUUUUUGAAAAUUGGUGAAAAAGUAUCAAGAGUUGCUGCAUGAUUGAAUUUGUGAACACUGAAGACGUAUGUUCUGAAUGUUGGAUCGCAGACGACAGGUCCUUUAAUCAGCUCUUUAAAUCAGACCCGAGAAUCUGAUUCUGUAUCGAUGUUUCUGCCAUGAAGAUUUUCUCUGUUCAUAUAAAGCGUGUUGUUUAUUUUG